AAAGCCAAUACUUUAUUGAACAAAAGCAUCGUGCUUUAAAGGUCAUGAUUGUUAUAAUUGCUGCCAUUAUAACCAUCAUGAUCAACAUCAUUGAUAGCAUAAGUCCUAUAACCCUAUAUAUCUAACAACAAUUGAAUCAUCAUAUGUAGAACUUGCUAAGUAGCAAUGCUAAGGAAAGGCACUGCUGUAACCUUAUCAAUGCUUUCAAAUUCCACGAUGUUGGUGGGGUGGUGCUACCCUGGGAGGAGGCGGUUGAGGCGGAGGAGAGGUGGCAUUGUAUGGUUGGGGAAUAAGCGUCGGGGGUUUUGCUUAGGGUCACGCCUGGUGGUUCAGUGGGGGGUUAUGGUGGGUCCCCUAAAGAUGUUGAAGAAGAUCAUCAUGCAGAUCACUCCCAGUGAACGGUGGAUAGAGGCUUACUACAUGUCUUUGCCCUUCUUACGCCGUCAAAUAAUCUUUCCUCUUUGUUGAUACAUAAAUGGUAUAUAUCAAUUUGAAUACUUUUCCUCUUUUUUUUUUUUUUCCUUUGGGGGUUAAUCAUGUAAUGAGGGGACUUCAACCCCUGAUUAAAUCCAAAAAAAUAAAAACCCUGUUUAAUGAAGGGAAAUUACCUUU